AUGUUAAACAUCCCACGGGAGCUAAUCUGGGACAUCCUUUUACGGCUCCAGCUGAAGGAUUUGAUCCGAUACGGAUGUGUUUCCAAAGCUUGGUAUGCUUUCAUCCACAACCAAGACUUCAUCAAACCGCAUCUCGAAAGCUCCAUCAAAACCAACUCUACUCGCACCAUUUUACUCCACACUACUCCCUCAUAUUUCUUAUGGUUGCCUUUUGACAACGAUGAGAAGCUCGGGACAGCCACGGUAGUCAGGUUUUCGAUUCCGUCAAAAGACCCAGUAAGGGAAAGUACUGUGACAGUGGGCUAUGCCAAUGGUCUGGUUUGCAUACGCAACUGUAUCGAUGAGGAUAUUUCUUAUAUUACUUUGUGGAAUCCGUCAAUUCCAAAGCUGAAGAAAAUUCCCAUUAGAACACAUGAACCACGUGCACAGCCAUCACCAAAAUCAGAGAGGUUGGAUAUAUAUGGAUUCGGGUACGAUUCAACCAAUGACGACUAUAAAUUAGUGGGGAUUAUUAGGAAGCCUGCUGAUGAGUAUGAAGUCAGUGUUUAUAGCCUAAAAGCCAACUCAUGGAAAAGGAUCCAGAACAUUCCUUGCUGUGGUUUUUCGUUAUUUGCACAUAACAAUCACAUGGUAUUUUCAAAGGGCGCUCUAAGUUGGCUCAUGUGGAAAAAGUUACACAAAGAACUUCAGUACGUUAUCGUAACUCUUGAUCUUACCAGUGAGAAAUAUCGGGAGUUUCCCAUCCCGGUGGAUAGGAUUGGUGAAAUUGAAAAUCCUAUGCUGGAAUUGGAUGUUCUGGGAGACUAUCUGUGUAUUUGUGUUAAUCGUUUCAUGGAUCAAUGUGAGGCUUGGAUUAUGAAGGAAUAUGGAGUGACAGAAUCUUGGAGCCUGCUUUAUUCUAUUGAAGCGCUUUAUAUUAUUGACAUGCUUUAUGUGGAGUUUCGGACCUACAAACCUUUGGUGUUUUCAAAGAAUGGCAAAACGGUUCUUUUGAAGAUGAGCAAAAAUUUCAAGUCCGAUAGUCUUGUUUGGUAUGAUUUAGAGAAAAAGAGUUUCAAACAAGUUGAAAUUAGUGGCCUGCCCGGUUUAUUCAAACCAACCAUUUGCUGGGGGAGCCUUUGUCUUCUUGAUGGCGAUCCUGUUAUUGUUUAG